GUCUUUGUUUUUACUAUUUCAGUGUCUUUUAUCUAGAAAUUCUCUUUGAUGAUUUCUGGCAUGUUAAACCCUCCGAACGGCAUUCUCACCGUAAGGUAAUAUGGACGUAUACUUUUAAUAUCAUAGUGUAAGCAAGUAACAUAUUACCGUACAGUGACAAUAAAUGAAGGCACCCGUGUCCUGUGCUCCUUAAACAACCUAUCGAAGGUUUUGGUAUUUUAUUAUAAAAUAUCUCCUUCCAGGACCCCUACCCCCUUUGGGUCUGAAAGUACUCCUUUGUACUGUCAGGAAAUUCGAUGAAAUGAUUUAAACCUACCUAUAUAUCCGCAAGAAAGUAACAGAGUCACGCGAUGUUAACGAGGUUACAAUAUAGAUAACACAGACCAAAAUAGUAUUCCCUAUAUAUUCUAUAUAAAACUGACUAUUUUCAAAGACUUGCCACACAAAGCUAAUCUCAUUUAAGAUUACAAAUCCAUACCUCAUUUUAAAGAAUUAUCAUAAAACUGAAAAGUAGUGCUCAUAUAUCUUUUAAGAGAGAUUCCGUUUGUCAGAUAAUGAGAUUUAGUUCUGCUUCGUCAAAUGCGGUUAAACUCGAUAACAUUUAUUUUUAUAUAUUCGUUAUUGAAUUACGCUGCCGUUAAAAAGCAGGGGUCGAACGUAAAGUGGUAAGAGAAGUUAUUGUUGUGGGAGUCCAAUCGAUGUUUACCCACAACAAAAACUGUCAUAAAGUCAUCCCAACAACAACAUAACAUGCAUUAAGUGAAAAAAAAUGGCGAUAAAUGUAUUAAUGAGCGUGAAAAUCGGAGAAUUUCAAAUAAUCAAAUGAUUUAUCAUAGUUAACAACAUAAAGGCCUGAGUAGGGUUUAGAUACGUUACAAUUAAGAAAAAAAGGGUGCCAGAAUGUCACAAUAUACGCCCAUCACAGCAAAAUUAUUUACACUAGCACCUGUAUUUGCAGGUGUAUAUGCUCCGUACAAUGUCAUUCUUGAAUUGGCUGUUUCACCUCUAAGUGUGACCUUGACCAUAGACCUAGAGACCUGGUUCUUGCACAUGACACUCCGUCUCAUGAUGGUGAACAAUUGUACCAAAAUCCCUCCAUGCAUGAGGAAGAUAUGCUCCAGACAAUGUCUGUGGACGCCGCCCGUUCGCCCAACAGCCCACCAGGGUCGCUCCCAAAAUACGUCCUGUUUUUCAAACGGACGUAUAGAAUGUGAAGAUCUUUCAAAAUAUUAUCCUAAUCAGCCAAGUUGUGCCUUCAAUAACUUUUUUGUUCUUAAACCUAUUUAGUCAACGAUUGAUGCCGAUUGAAGCCAAAACAUAGCUUUCUGGACUGGACAUAUUGAAAUUAAGAGAAAACUGCAAACAAAGUUACACUUACGUCUUCAGAAAAUUCUCGAUAAAAAAGAAGUAAUUUUCCACCAUUUCCUGGAACCAUUCAUUCUGACUGUGUGAAAAAAAAACGGAUUAAAAUUGCUGUUCAUUUCAGAAACAGCAAUCAUCAGCCCUGCAGUAUCAAAAUCAGUUGCUUCGUGCCUUUGCCUAAUUCGUAUGUGUAGUUGUUCAACUUUUUUCAUUAUCUAAACUUAAAGGUCCAUUACUAAGAGAAAGUGAGCUGGCAAUUUUUUUCAUAGCCAGUGCAUAGACUUCUGCAAGACACUAAAAAAUGAAGAUUGGCAGGUCAAAAUUUACAGAAGGUCUUUGGAACUCAAAGAAAUGUAUGUGUAUUAUGUUGAAAUUUCAAUGAAUCGACAGAAUGACCCCCAGGUCUUUUUAACUUUCUUCAUACUUCAUAGAAAAAUAAUUGUACAUAUACUGCGAUUUAUUUCGAAUUUCUACAUACCAACUUUCAUUUUCCAAUAAAAUGAAAUAGUUUCUGUGCUUUUUAAAAGAAAUUAAAAUGUUCACUUUCCUUAGUAUUGGACCUUUAAUUCAUUUACUCACAGACAGUUAUUCCGGAAAUCAGCAAAUAAACCUAGUAAAAGAUAUUUUUAAAAUAAUUUGAUAACAGUGCAAUGCGCGCAGAUGUGUAAAAUACUUGGUUAGAUCAAAAUUGAUGAAACAGGUGCUCUCAACAUCUUCUCUGUAAAUAAUAAAGUCAAUAUCGUUUAAAUGUUAAUCUAUUACCGUUCAUAUCCAAUUAUUGAAAUCAUUGGUACUGUACGCUACCAUGCCACCAACUCUAUUUGAGUCAAUUUAUACAUUCGCAUCGCAAUGCAAUAUUCUUUUAACACUGUUUUAUAUUUUAUCGUCGCCGUUACAGAUUUGUAUUUAGUGGUGAAAUAUCAACAACUAAACAUGUCGACAUAACAUCAUCAUUAAAAAGAAAAUCAGAAUAUAUUUCAGAUCAGAUGCAUAUGUUUAUCCUGUAUACAAACAUACAUUAAGCCUACAACAUUUUUUUUUUAGAUUUUUAAAGGUUAGGUAGCUGGUCUUUUUUGUCAGUUUUGCGUAGUCUUUUUUAAAUCGUGUAAUAUGAUAGAAGUCUUGUGUUAGUUUUAUUCAGUAAUAUGGGUGGUACGCAAUCAUUCGAACCUGAAGACUACCCAAAAGGUAACGCCAAGGGGCGGCAACAUGGUUAUCCAGUAAAACAUUAUACUCCAAGGCAACCUUAUAAUGAACGUCAAUAUCAUACAUCACAUUCGCAUAAUCAGCGUUCACAGCAACAGUCACAACAACAUUAUCCACAAAGGCAGGAGAGACAACAACAACAGCAGCAGCAACAACAGCGUCGCCACGUUUCUGCCCUGUCCACGCCUGAACUGUUAGAAUAUUUGGACAGCGAGUUUAUGUCGACCGUUGACAUAAUUCGAAACAUGAAGAAUGAGAAACAUUUUGAUGAUGGUGGAAGACGUUACAUCUGUGAUAUAAUGAUUGAGAAGAAGAUUUUACUACGAAAAUUUAAUAUCAGCAUGGAACCUUCGAGAAGACCAGCUGUAGACGAAGAGCUGCAACGACUUAGAGGUAAAAUAAAGGAUUUACAAGAAGAAAACAGUCGCUUGGAUGCUGAAAGGAUAUUGUUCGAUGGACUUCUCACAUCCUCAAUGAGACAACCAAGUACCAAGCCCAGCAGUCAUGACAGGCCGAUAAGUAGCGGGUAUAAUGAAACUAUUACCAGAGACAAAGAAAACAAGGGCUCAACGGAUAAAAUAAAAGAAUUACAACAAAAGCUGAGUGUCUAUGCACGAGAUCUGGAAGAUGAAAGAGCAGCUAGAGUAAAAGCCACAUCAUAUAUUGAUCAUCUGAAACAACAACUCGAAGAAGUAAAGACGGAGAAAAAUGCCUUACAAAUGAGGCUCAGUAAAAUGGCUGGGGAUAGGCUUGUGCGAAACAACCCAGCUAUAGCAGAUCUAAGUGAUCCAAACAGACCAACAAAGAUCGGUGAGAUGUACAGCGAAAUGUACGACAACGAAUGGACAGAUGCCUUCGAAGCAUUAAGCAAUGCAGGGUAUAGUGAUCAAGAUGCAAUUGAGACCUUGCGUUUGACGCUUCUGAAUGUUUUUCAGUUCUGCAGCAGAAAGGCUGAAUCACUUCUAAAGAAAACAGAAGAAGCUGUUAAUAUAUUAUUUGAAGAAUACAAGGCAACGGAGCAGAAGUCUGAGCAGUGGGGUAAAUUAGUUCGCCGAUCGUCGUUUACUGAUGAUCUGGAAACUAUAGCUUUACAGGACAAAUGGAAGCCAAAUAGUAAAGGAUAUCAAGGACUAAAACGUGAUCAAACUAUUUUAAAGACUGACAAAUCGGAAGUUGCCGUAGUGGACCAGUUGAAGAAAUUUAGGAAAGAAGUUGCUGAAUCGAUGGUUCCAAUUGUAGAAAAGGCAUACAUGUCUGCAAGCUGGAAUGACAAAUGUGUUUAUGCGUUAAAGCCAUUCAUCAAAAAAUGUAUAUUUCUGGGAUGGAUGAUGGUUGUGCAGUCACCACCAAUGACCUUGGCAGAGUGUAAACCAGGUGAAAACUUAGAAAAGGAAGCGUACAAGGAAUACACGCAACGUGGAAGUAUAAUUGACUUUGUUGUUUGGCCAGCCCUACUUCUGAAUCAAGGCGGUCCAGUUGUUGGAAAAGGCGUUGCACAAGCAAAGAAACUUAAUUAGCUUUUUGAAAGCUUGAACAUUUAUACGUUGACUUUGGAAAAAAAUCUUUUUCUGUACUUUUGAUUUUUCUAACAAGUUUAGAAAUAUGUAUUUUGAAAAUAAUAUUAAUUUUUUUAACAUAAUCGGGUGCUGCUGUAUGAUCAUUUUAUUUGUUCUACUGACAAAACACAGUUUUAAAGCACGUAAAUGUCUGGCAUUUAGAAGCAAGCAAUUUUAUCAUAAGGCAUGAAAAUCGUGACAAGCAGAAAACAACUUCUUUAUCUUGUAAUAUCUUGAGAAUAAAUUAAAUUUGAUUCGAUUUUGGAACAUAAAUCGGUGAAAAGUCGGUGAAAAGUCAAUAUCUUCACCUCUGUAUCCUAAUAACUGAUAUUUGCUUGUUCUAUUAAAACAAUUAUAUGUGUUUUCGUGACUUUGUUAAGGUCGUAGUUUAAUAAAAUUAUGUCUGUUUGUUAUUGAUUUCAUUAAAAGUUUGAUAGAUUUCACAGAAACACGGGGGAGGAAGUGUUACACGAAGGACGGAGUUCUUCUGAUAACCUUUCAUGUUUUCUUCUGAUAACUGUUACGUAGUUCCAUGAAAACGUUACAGAGUUCUUCUGAUAUCUGUAUUGCAAAACAAGGAAUCGGUCGACAAAAUGGCAAUUAGUUAUCUUUAAAAAGAGAGAAUGGGGUGUAAAACUUAUGUUUGAUGAUCAAGGUUACCUAAUGUUUUGUGCUAUGCGUCAGAAAAAAAAAAGAGUUAAGUCUAACAAACAGCGCCACUUCUUUGAAAUCAAGACAUUUUGAGUAAAAUAUCGAAAUCGUUUGCUAAGUCAUACAUAUUAAUCUACUCAUUCACGUUCUUCAUCCUCACCACACGCAAUAGCCUAAUUUUAGUGCAAAGUUGCAAGCAGAAACCACUAUGUAACAAUUUAAUGCCCGAUUUUUCAAAUGUAACGGAGUUCAGAUGAUAACUCUAAAGAAGUCACAGAGUUCUUAUGAUAACUUCUGUAACUGCCAGGGUGUUUGUUGAGCUAGGUUACGCUGAUUUUUAGCUAAUUUUAUUAUCAAGAAAGAGUGUUAAUCAUAUUCUUACGUAAGAUAUUUAUCUAAGGCACAGUAUCAUGGUUACACAAUGUAUGGUAUGUAUGUUUUUGAGUUCCAAUGAUAACUUUUUAGUGUUAUAGUUCUUAUUCCAACUAGAUGUUACUUCAAAGGGAUUGUGCACGCUCGUAAUGAUGAUCUAGUUAACUGUGUUGAAUAUCUGAUAUAAAAAUUGUACAUAAAUGAUGUACAGUGUCAAACAAUUACAGAAAUAUAUUCUUAUUUUCAUUU